AUGGCGGACAUUGACAAGGAGAUCUUUCAUGACCGUCACUUUGAGGCCUUGGCCGCCUUGGAGAUGAAGCCCAAGGACUUCACGCAGCAGGUCGAGCUGCAUUUGCCGGGCUACACCGAAAAGAAGCGCCUUCUUGAUGGCCUCAAGGCAGCAGAUGCGAUGCGCAAAAACCUGGUGAAUGACGAUGGAGCGUCAUACCCUGUUGGCCACUGGAUCAAUGCCUGGGAGGCUGGCUUCGCCACAGCCGAAGUGGCUGAGAUUUUGCUGAAGGACACGCUUGGCUACAACGUGACCAAAAAGGGGCCUGGUGCCAACACCGUGGAUGGCUUUUAUGCCAUUGCCGGCUGCCACAUGCCACAGAACAUCACUGACCGCGGCUGUGGGCCCAGGAUGAGGACCUACGUCCACUUUGCUGUGGAAGGAUGGACUGCAGGCUAUCCACAGGACUUGUAUGUGGCCAGUCGUUCCAACCCAGCAGAUCUUCUUUGCAGAGCAUGCCCGCCGGGCACCAGCUCUGAAAAGCUGGAGGACGCUGAGGACACCACCUUCAUUUGCAAAGCAUGUCCUUCGGGAAGUUACCAGGUCUCGGGAGCCUCGCUUACGUGCAACCCUUGUCCUCUCGGAGAGUACCAAGAUGAGACUGCAAGCAUUUCAUGCAAACGCUGUGGCUUUGGAGUGUACCAGAAUGCCACGGGCCAGAGUACCUGCAUUCCUUGUCCGGCAGGUACAACAACAGUUGGGUUUACCUCGAUGUCCAUCAGUGAUUGCGGGUGCAAAGAAGACACCAUCAACGUUCUUCCCGCAGCCUCCAGCAACUUCCAGUGCCAGCUAUGUGGAGAAGGGCUCCGUUGCCCCUUUGGCUCCAGCAUCGAGAGCUUGAUGCAAGGUCAGGCAGCACUGGGAGAUGACUAUGUACCUCAAGUCCUCGAAGGUUAUGUGGCACCCCCGGAAGAGCCCUUGAAGAUCUUGAAAUGUCGACCUGCCAGCCGUUGUCCUGGUGGAAAACCAGGACAAUGUGCUGGUGGACUCUCCGGCAUGCCGUGUGCUUCUUGCGAAGCGGGGAAGGCUUGGAGCGGCACCAAGUGCCAGGAGUGCGGAGCCAAUGUCGUCCUUUGGGCAGUUGGCAUGCCCGUAGCUGCCGCUGGUCUCAUUGCUGCCUACUAUUUGGUGAACUCGGAAGUGAUGGCCAAAGCUUCAGCCUUCCAGGCCUGA